AUGAGAACUGAAACUCAUCGUGGUGUAACCAACAUAUGUUUCAAUUCGCUUCAUUUAUCUAUUUAUGUUGCUUUGAAUGCUUGCUUCAAACAUUCAUUGCUGGUCGUGGCAUUGAGUAAUGAAAGAAUAAAACAAAUGAAAGGAAACGAAGGAAGUUUUGUUUUCCCUCAUUCUGCUUUUCGUCCAAAUGCCAAUAUCGAUGCCAAUAUCGAUAAAAUCACAACGCAAAUCACUCACUUCUACUGCCAGCAUAUAACAAUAACAGUUCGUUGUAAAGCAAGACCAUUCAAUAUCAUGCAUCGCAAGGGCUUCGUUUUACAGUGGUUUGCUGUACAAUUUAAACUUCGAUUUGUUUGA